AUGUCCACCCCCAAAACCGAAUUCCUCCGCUUCACCGGCCACCGCGCCUUCACCCACCGUCUCGUCCUAGCCACCCUCACCGGCCGACCCAUCCACAUCUCCCACAUCCGCUCUGCCUCGCCCACCCACCCAGGCCUCGCCCCGCACGAGAUCUCCUUCCUCCGCCUCCUCGAAUCCGUCACCAACGGUUCCGUCAUCGACGUCUCCUACACCGGCACAACCAUCACCUACCAGCCCGGUCUCAUCACCGGCACCACCCCCGGCGCCGGCUCCUCCCUCGCCUCCGACGCAAUCGAACACAUCCUCCCCGCCACUUGCACCCGCUCCGUCACGUAUUUUCUUCUUCCUCUUGCGUUACUGGCCCCCUUCUCCAAAGCCCACAUGAACGUCCGUUUCUCCGGCCCCGGCGUCAUCACCUCCGCCACCUCCACCUCCGGCCCCGGCGACCUAUCCAUCGACACCUUCCGCACCGCCCUCCUGCCCCUCUACAGCCUGUUCGGCAUUCCCCCCGCACGCAUCGAACUCCGCGUGCUAGCACGCUCCUGUCCCGGUCCCGGCGGCCGUGGCGGAGGUGGACUGGUAGAGAUGCGGUUUGCGAGCCAGGUGCGCUUGCCGAAAACGCUGCAUUUGAACCGACGGCCGGGGAGGAUUAGGAGGAUUCGGGGUGUGGCGUAUUGCACGGGGGUGUCGGCUAGUCAUAAUAGUCGGAUGAUUACGGCGGCGAGGGGGGUGUUGAAUCAGUUGGUGUCGGAUGUACAUGUUGCGGCGCAGUAUGAUCCGGCGCCGUUGGUGGCGUCUGGAACUGAAAAGGGAGGGGAGAAGGGGGGGAGUAAGAGGAAGAUGGGGAUUGGGUUUGGGUUGAGUCUAGUCGCAGAGUCGAGUGCGGAAGGGGUAGUGUAUUCCGCGGAUGAGGUGGCGCCGCCGCAGGGAGGGGUGGUGCCGGAGGAUGUCGGGGUGCGGUGUGCGUAUCAGUUGUUGGAGGUGAUUGCGCAGGGGGGGUGUGUGACGGGGGCUGCGGCGCCGACGGUGUUGAUGUUGAUGGCGAUGGGGGCCGAGGAUGUGGGGCGGUUGAGGUUGGGCAGGGAGGUCAUGGCGAGGGAGGAGAUUGUGGGGUUGGCGAGGGAUCUGAAGCAGUUUGGGGCGAGUAGCUGGGGGAUACGGGAUGCGGGAGAUGAUGGGGAAGAAGGUGAGGGGGGGGAUUUGAUUGUGUCGGUUAAGGGGACGGGGGUGGGUAAUGUGGGUAGGAAGGUAGCAUAG